GUAUUUAGAAUUGAUUUUUCUCUUGUAUUUCUUUCUCCCUCUGUGAAUUUAAUGAAAACCCACUUUCUGUUGGUGCGAAUGGGAUAAAUGCUCACUUACAUUAAACUAUGCUUGUCGCACCGACACUGGUUACAUUCGAACCUGCUUUUGCUGCCAUAUAUACCAAUACUCGCCACUAUGAAACACUGGCUGUACUGCUUGCUCAAAUUACUUUCCUCUUUAUUGGCAGCGGUGGUGCAAAAAUUGCAAUUUUGGUGUACCAAAAAAAAAGGAAAUCGAAAAAAUCAAGCAGUGGGUGAAAAUAGACGGACCAAACGAACGGCCAUCAGUAAAAGAGAAAAUUAUUUUACUAGGCACAGUUAAGUGGAUAGUUAAAUAUAUUGGAGGUGUAAACGGAAAUCUGCAACUAACCAAACCAGUGGAUAAUAGGCUGAUGAUUUUUACAAAAAGAGUCAAAAGGAGGCUUAUAGUUCACUGAAAAAACUGUAAUAAGGCAAUCGGCGUGCAUCACAAACGUUGGGAAUCACUGUAAAAAAGGGACACAAAUACCACCGAUUUGGUACGGAGUUCUAGGUUUUCAAAUGCACAUUCUUUCAUGUGAAUUAAAACCAAGAAACACUCAUACUUCGCAAAUUAAUUAACUCGCCACAGCAGGCCAAGGCACGUAAGUGUUCCAAAAAAUUUAUGUAAUUUUAACCAGCAGGAAAACACGGAUAAUCGGCGUGUACCAAAAACUUAGAAUCGUAUACUUUACAAAAUUUGAUCCUUAAAAUCUGAAAACAAAUCAUCUUCAUUUGGAAAUAUAUUACCGGUGAAUGUCCAACUAAGUCAACAUUGCAGUAUACGGUCUUGGCAGCAAGGGUGUUCCGGCGUACAAAAAACCAAGAGAUAUCGAGGAACACAGAAAUUGAUAUAUAUAUAUAUAUAUAUAUAUAGAAACCUUUGAACCCAGAAAUACAUCAAGUUAAACAGUCCAUUUUCUAACGACGUGUUAAGAAGUCCUAGUGCCACUACAAGUGCGAAAGAGAUACAAAUUUAAAGAAAGAACGAAACUUUCGAGAAAAUUAAGAUGAAUGAAUUAGACAGUCUAAGACAAGAAGCUGAGUCUCUAAAGAAUGCGAUUCGUGAUGCACGAAAGGCUGCAUGCGAUACGUCGCUUUUGCAGGCUGCCGCUUUGCUAGAACCUAUUGGACGUAUACAAAUGCGCACGCGACGGACGCUGCGCGGUCACUUGGCCAAAAUUUAUGCCAUGCAUUGGGGAAAUGACUCCAGAAAUCUUGUAUCAGCCUCACAAGAUGGUAAACUUAUCGUUUGGGAUUCGCACACUACGAAUAAAGUGCAUGCCAUACCGCUGCGUUCUUCGUGGGUCAUGACCUGUGCAUACGCACCAUCGGGAAGCUACGUCGCUUGCGGUGGCCUCGACAACAUGUGUUCAAUCUAUAACUUAAAGACACGCGAAGGUAACGUACGUGUGUCCCGUGAACUGCCGGGCCAUGGUGGCUAUCUAUCAUGCUGCCGUUUCCUAGACGACAAUCAAAUUGUGACAAGCUCAGGAGAUAUGUCGUGCGGUCUUUGGGACAUCGAAACUGGCUUGCAGGUUACUUCUUUUCUUGGCCAUACGGGAGAUGUGAUGGCCCUAUCCCUGGCACCGCAAUGCAAAACCUUUGUCUCAGGUGCAUGUGAUGCGUCUGCAAAGCUAUGGGACAUACGAGAAGGUGUUUGCAAACAAACGUUCCCCGGGCAUGAGUCUGAUAUCAAUGCAGUUACUUUCUUCCCUAAUGGACAAGCCUUUGCGACAGGAUCUGACGACGCAACCUGUCGUCUCUUUGACAUACGUGCCGAUCAAGAAUUAGCUAUGUAUUCACAUGACAACAUAAUUUGUGGUAUCACCUCCGUUGCGUUCUCCAAAAGCGGUCGCCUGCUAUUGGCGGGGUACGAUGAUUUUAACUGUAAUGUAUGGGACACAAUGAAAGCAGAGCGCUCGGGCAUUCUAGCCGGCCACGAUAACCGUGUUUCAUGUUUGGGGGUUACUGAAAAUGGUAUGGCAGUAGCAACAGGAUCGUGGGACUCGUUUUUGCGCGUGUGGAACUAAAUAUCGUGCACAACGCGUAUUAAUGGGUGGGGUAGGGUCAACGUGGCGGUGAUUGCGUGCAGUCAGCGUUUAGCAGUAGCGACAAUAACAACAGCAGCAACAAAAACAAAAUCCCCUCAAAUAAAGGUGAAGAUACAUACAUAUUUCGCAGCAAUAACAUUUUUGUGCUCUGAUAUCAAUGGUUCCAUGUUACUGUUAUUUGGCGAAACGGGGACAGUUUAGUUGGACCGCUUGAUGUAGUAAUGAUGCAACCGCGAUAAUGAGGAUGGAACACGGCGUUAACUGCAACGUAGACCACAGCAAAAACAAGAACUUUAUAUACAAAUUAUUUAUAUUGCUAUAUACUUAUUAUACUUAUACAACAAACCAAAACACAGACACAGCAACAUACAACUAGACAUACACACAUACAAGUAUAUUAUUAGUGUAAAUGAAAAAUACGAAACAGAUCCCAUACUGCGCUGUCGCUGAUAGUCAGUUGUGUUUAGUCAGAAUUCCGGUUAAAGCUACAGCUAAAAGUACGUAAAAUUAGUUCAAAUCGUCUACAUGUCAUAUAUGGGCUGAGACCUUCGCUAUAUAGUAAAAACAAAAUGAGUGUGCACCAUGUUGAUUACUAUGAUAGCACUAGCACGACAAUUAUGGUAAUACUACUGUAAUAUCCGUACAUAUGUAUAUGAAUAACGGAUGAUUCGUCAGUCUCAUUUGCCAGUCAUCAAAACAAAAAAUUCUUACAUGACUACAUACACGACAGAGAGUUGGUCAUAAUGAAGCAGAGUCAAAUAAAAUAAAAGCAUUUACAAAAAAAAAAAAAAAA